GUGACAUUCACACGAUAUCCUUUCUUGAUCGAUGUUAAAGAAAAUUACACUGCCAUGCAUGAUCUCAAAUCUCAAUCUGACAACAGUUCAUGUAAUGGUACAAAAAUUUGGUCAGGGCUACCUGGUAGGUAACCCGCGUACAGGUGAAGAAGGCCUUGAUUAUGGGUCGAGAGUGCCAUUUCUUCAUGGAAUGGGAAUCAUUUCAGAUCAACUGUACGAGGUGAUAAAUUAGCAGGCACAGCUUAACUCUUGACCAUUAAAUCACCUAUUGACCUGCAGUUAAUUCCCCGACAUAUAUGAAUUUAGUUAAUUCAAUGUCCAUGUGCUUGCAUGUAAUGUGAUCAAUCUUAAGACGAUCAUGGAGCAUUGCGAAGGGGAUGGCUUUACUAACCCCAAGAAUGCGCUCUGUGCACAAGCUUCAGACAAGUUAGACAGACUGCUUCAAGAAGUUUCCAGGCCACAUAUUCUGUAUAAGAAGUGCAUCUAUACGUCUCCCAGACCAAACGAUGGGACAGCAGAGAGAAAGAUCCUCAAGGAGGAACCUGCUGGAGUACUGAAACAUCAACCACCUCGUCCCCCAAGCUUACUUUGGCAAUACGUGAGUGAGGAGGAGGAGGAGGAGGAGGACGGCCAUGAACUAAUGGUUGCUACGGUGGCCAUAGUUCUCGACGCAAACACGCGGUUCAAUGCUCGACGCCGUCGCGGUUCAGUGCCGGGUCGUCAGGUAAUUAACCGCGAUAUUGAAGCUGGGCAUGCUAGAUUAUUCGAAGACUAUUUCGCGCAGCAUCUUGUCUAUGGCUCCUCGUAUUUUCGCCGAAGGUUUCGAAUGUCUCGGCCGUUGUUUCUUCGCAUAGUGAAAGCUGUGCAGGAACACGAUAGCUAUUUUGUGAGAAAAAAAAAUGUUGCUGGAAAACUUGGGUUAUCAUCUCUUCAGAAGGCUACCGCAGUGUUCCGAAUGUUGACUUAUGGUGUAGCAACAGAUGCUACAGAUGAGUACGUUCGGAUUGGAGGAAGAACUGCUUUAGAUAGUAUGAAAGCAUUUGUUAGAGCUAUUAUUGAAGUUUUCGGAGAUGAGUAUCUUAGAGCUCCAAAUGAAGCCGAUAUCGCUAGAUUGCUUGCAAUUGGAGAGAGCAGAGGGUUCCCUGGAAUGCUAGGGAGCAUCGACUGCAUGCAUUGGGGGUGGAAAAAUUGCCCUUCAUCAUGGCAAGGUAUGUAUACUGGCCAUGUGCAUGAGCCCACAAUCAUUCUAGGAGCUGUUGCUUCACAAGAUCUUUGGAUUUGGCAUGCCUUCUUUGGUUUACCUAGCUCUCUUAAUGACAUCAAUGUUCUUCACCGUUCCCCGAUCUUCGCAAGGCUAGCAGAAGGGCAAGCUCCAGAAGUUAAUUUUACGGUAAAUGGUAACAAUUAUACAAUGGGGUACUACCUUGCCGAUGGGAUAUACCCGCAGUGGGCCACAUUGGUUAAGACAAUACCCUCUCCACUAGGGCAGAAGAAUAAAUAUUUUGCAAAAUGUCAAGAAGCACAUAGGAAGGAUGUGGAGCGAGCAUUUGGAGUGCUUCAAGCUCGUUUUGCAAUUGUUCGUGGACCAGCAAGAAUGUGGGAUGAAGAAGUACUCCAUGAUAUCAUCACAGCUUGUGUUAUCAUGCACAACAUGAUAGUUGAAGACGAGCGAGAUGAAGGUCCCCAAGACUACAAUUACGACAACAUGGGAGAAAAGAUUAUUCCCUCUCAUGCACAGACGGCUGAAUUCUCAGACUUCAUUCAAAAUCAUCUUGACAUCCGCAACGCACAAGUCCACUCUCAACUAAAGGAUGACCUGGUUGAGCACCUGUGGCAAAUUUAUGGGGCAAUGUAGUGUGCAAUCUACCUAGUCGUAUGUAGUUAGAGUUAGGAUCUAAGUCGGAAAGGUUUUGUCCCGAAGAAAGUUACCCUGCCGACUUGAUCUAUUUAGCAUGUACUGUUUUUACAUUAUGGAGGGGUGUAAUAUAUAUUAUGUAUUGUAAUGUAUGCAACUAUUUUAAU